GGCUUUUGUAGGGCUGGGCGGCCGAUGGCUGGGAUGUGGGCUGUCGUACGUACGCGUGUGGGGAUGGCUAAAAUGUGCUCUAGGGAAUGUUUGUAUAUUUGGAUUGAGCCAUAAGGGAUAUAAGAGUUGCCGUCGUCAACACACAAGUUAAAGUCCCCCCGAUUCAUAUCAAGUCUACAAACACAUCCUUCAGCUACUAAAUCCCAAUACCCUAAUCCCCGAUAAACCACCACCGAAUAAUCAUCACUCCAACCAAAACCACCAUGCAAUUCUCCAUCAUCUCCGUCGUUGCUGCCCUCGCCGCUACUACCUCUGCCUCAUAUGUUCCCACAAACAGCACGGCCACUUCAGCACCCUACCCCACCGGCACUGGCGCUGGCUCUCCCACCAACGCCAUGCCUACUUCAUCGACCUUACCUUUCACUGGAGGCGCCUCGCACAUGGCCGGCUCUGCUUUCGGUCUCAUUGUUGCUGGUGGUGUUGCUUUGAUGCUCUAAAUACCAUCAACAAUAUGUCCUGUUUUAUCAUCAAUGUUUAAUAGUUAUAGCGGGUUACAAUUUGGCGUUUCUACGGCUUUCGGGAUUACACAACACGAAAUAACCAGUAUGGAGGCGCAUUACAGCCUAUGUGCAACGAAGGAUAGAUAUAGAGAAAUGAUAUUCCCAAGAAGAGAGGCGAGACCUGGAACUUGUUGAAGGUCCAGAAGGCGAUUGAGAAGAAAGUCGAUGGGGUUGGGUUUACUAUGGUCAAUAAGGCCGAAACAAUUAAAUCAAAUCAAAUCAAAUCCACACCAAAUCAA